AGGGUAUAAUAACGCAAAUAUCACGUUCAAACAUGUUCUUAACAUUAUUUUAACGUUUUCUCCUCAUUUCAGGUACGCGUAUGCGUAGUAGGCUCGGCGAAUUUCAGUUUAUAACAAACGUCCGGGUGUCCUGAAACUUCAGUCCACUGAAGACUGCGUUUCCGUCAUGAAAUCUUCCCUUGGUGUAGGAUUUUUUAUUUUUUCGACAUGUAUGGCAUCAGUUUUCACGCUGCCAACCUCAUUGGUGGAAGAGAUCAAAUCUAGCGAGCUUAGAGAACCCAAGGUCAAGAGAACCCCAUCAAACCAAGAAGAAAACUCUGAAGUCCAGUACUUCAACAAACCAUCAGCCAUCAAAAGAGGUGCCAACCUAAAAACCCCAAAUUCCGACCAGCAAGCCCUUAACGAGUGGUCGCAGGCCCAAGCCCAAGCCCUGAACGAGGACCUCUCCAACCUCCAAUCCAGCCUGUACAACAAUCAACAGAACUACGACGAUAAAACGAUCGCUGAGUACGAGAAGGGCUUCCAAUACGGCGCCAACAAGGAGAAACUGGACGAAGCGCUGGAAAAUGCCGUGUUAAAAUCCGAGUAUUACGACCCUGGAUCCCUAAACCAGUACAGAUACUACGGUGCGGAUGACAAGAAGCGGAGGAGGAGGGCUGUGCAAAAAUUAAGGAUGGCGCCCAGAUUUAAACGGGACGUGGAGCUGACUCCGGAAGAAAUAAUAACCCUCCUGAACCUUUACGAAAAGAGUCGUCAAAACGAAGAUUAUAGACCCUAUCAGCCAUUAAAGUACCAAUACAACAACGAAAACUACGAUAUAGAUACCGAGAAUAAUGACGGUGAAAAUUGGUUGGAAGGCCCGGUUUAUCCGCAUGUUAACCGAGAAAAUACCGAAUACUUGUUCGAUGAAGCACCACAAGUCUUCGAAAAAAGGGGUAAAUGGGGUAACUUUGAAAAGCAAAAGCGUUUCAUGGUUGCCAAGAAGCGGUCUGCUGACCCCACUAGAGAGUUGAGAUACUUGAACGGACCAAACCAAAAUGAUUAUUACACUUUGUCGCACUUGUUGAGUAAUCAAAGGGAACCCGAUGUACCUCUAUACCACCGUCUUAUUCUAUAAGUCAUAUCCGAAAAAAACAAGUAUUUGCUACACUCUAUAUUCUAGAGGUUUCUAUAUCCAAUUAGAUUAUUCGUGUUAUAUGAAUGUGUAUAUUUUCUUAAUAUUAAUUAAUUAAUAUAAUUAAGAAGUCAGUCAGUAUAAUAUUAAGAACGUAAUUUUAAAUAAAUGUCGUACAAGGGUAUAAAAUAUAUAAAAUGCAUAUUUACCC